AUGCUAGGAGAUCGGAUGCACAAUAGGCGCAACUCUACUGUUGGCGCAAGGUUCCAGGCUGAUCUGUCUGAGGAGGGUCUCGAUGCGAAUUCAUGGGGCGAUCGGGAAGCACUGGAAACUUUAUUGACUUGGAGAAACCAGGGUGAAGUGGAGCAUUCAGAGCGGUCAGUAAAAAACUCUCAGAGCGAUGUGGCCAGUUCUAUCUUCUUCUCGAUCAUACCGGAAAGCCUAUCUGAUCACCGCUCCGACCUUUUAUCGGCCAUUUCGUGUGUAAAUCAGAAUCGUAUUGGAGUACUAUGUGACUUACUGAUUGACAGACCAGACCUAGUUCGACUCUGCGACGAAAAAGGCUACUACCUUAUUCAUUACGCAGUCAUUGGUGGCCAUCUACAGAUGAUCGACAUUCUCGUGUCUCGUGGAGCUGAUAUCAAUCAGAGGAACAAUCAGGGCUAUACACCGCUUCAUAUUGCAAUUACGCAUUCUCAGCUUUCUGCUCUGCAUCAUCUGAUUACUUUGGGCAGUAACGUAGAGCUGGCGGACGACAAGGGUGUCCGACCUAUCCAUUUGGCCUGCGAACUCAAUGACACAGAAUCCCUUAAAGUGCGUUCAAACUGGAGCAGUUUUGCGAUUCGUCCUCUUCAAAAUUUUUAUCGUAACUCACUUAAAUCACUACUUUGA